AUGGUGCUAAAUACAGCCAUAAUAGUUAAAAAGCUGAAGAGAGAACUCUCCCAGAUGAAGCAAGAACUACUCUAUAAAGAACAAGGGUUUGAAACAUUGCAACAAAUUGAUAAAAAAAUGUCUGGAGGCCAGAGUGGAUAUGAACUUAGUGAAGCCAAAGCCAUUCUUACUGAACUGAAAUCCAUCAGAAAGGCCAUUAGCUCAGGAGAAAAAGAAAAACAAGAUCUGAUGCAGAGUCUGGCUAAGCUGCAGGAGCGGUUUCAUUUGGAUCAGAACAUUGGCACCUCUGAGCCAGAUUUGAGAUCCAGUCCUGUGCAGUCUCAUUUAUCUGUCUCCAGACAGACACUUGAUGCUGGGUCGCAAACAAGCAUUUCUGGAGAUAUUGGAGUGAGAAGUAGAUCAAAUUUAGCCGAAAAGGUCAGGCUGAGCCUACAGUAUGAAGAAGCCAAAAGAAGCAUGGCCAACUUAAAAAUUGAACUGUCGAAGUUAGAUAGUGAGACCUGGCCCGGGGCGUUGGAUAUAGAGAAAGAGAAGCUGAUGCUGAUUAAUGAAAAAGAAGAACUUUUGAAAGAGCUGCAGUUUGUCACUCCACAAAAGCGCACGCAAGAUGAGUUGGAACGCCUGGAAGCUGAAAGGCAGCGGCUGGAGGAAGAGCUGCUGUCUGUGCGGGGUGCGCCCACCCGGGCCCUGGCCGAAAGACUGAAAUUGGAAGAGAGAAGAAAAGAGCUGCUACAGAAACUUGAAGAAACUACUAAAUUAACUACUUAUUUGCAUUCACAACUUAAAAGCCUCUCGGCCAGCACGCUGUCCAUGUCGUCCGGAAGCAGCCUGGGAUCCCUGGCGUCCAGCCGGGGCUCCCUCAACACCUCCAGCAGAGGUUCACUCAACUCCCUCAGUUCCAGUGAGCUCUACUACAGCAGUCCAGGGGACCAGCUAGACGUGGACUAUCAGUAUAAACUGGACUUCCUUCUACAGGAGAAGGGCGGUUAUAUUCCCUCCGGACCCAUCACCACCAUCCAUGAAAACGAGGUGGUCAAGUGCCCCAGUCAGCCUGGCCAGAGUGGACUCUGUGGGGCGACAGCCGCAGCCAACGGCCACACUCCUCCGCUGACGGAGGCCCCCAAGUCUGUGACAUCCCUGUCCUCGAGGUCCUCUCUGUCCUCCUUGUCCCCCCCGGGCUCUCCUUUGGUCUUGGAAGGCACAUUUCCCGCGUCUUCCCAUGAUGCCUCUCUCCAUCAGUUCACGGCUGACUUUGAAGACUGUGAAUUGAGUAGCCGUUUUGCAGACAUUGGCCUCGGCGAGAGUCAGCUCCUGUUGGAUUCAGACUCUGGAGGAGCAUCCCAGGCUCUUUUAGAAGACAAAGGCCUUCACGAAUGUGCUAGGGAGCCAUUGUAUGAAGGAACAGCAGAUAUGGAAAAAUCAUUACCAAAAAGAAGAAUUCACAUACCUGGGGAGAAACCCGCUUGUGUGUCGGCUGCCGUAUCGGAUGAGUCUGUGGCUGGAGACAGCGGCGUCUAUGAAGCCUCCUUGAAGCAGCCUGGUGAAAUUGAAGAUGUUCCCUAUAGUGAAGAGGAUGUUGCCAUUGUGGAGACUGCCCAGGUGCAGAUAGGACUCAGAUACGAUGCAAAAAGCUCAAGUUUCAUGGUGAUUAUAGCACAACUCCGAAAUCUUCAUGCCUUCUUGAUACCUCAUACUUCAAAAGUGUAUUGUAGAGUUGCUGUCCUUCCCUCCUCAGCGGAUGUCAGCUGUCUGUUUCGAACAAAAGUCCAUGCACCAACAGAAUCUGUGUUGUUCAAUGACGUGUUCAGAGUGGCUAUUUCCCAAACAGCCUUGCAGCAGAAGACACUGCGAGUUGACCUUUGCUCCGUCAGUAAACACCGCAGGGAAGAAUGCCUGGCUGGAACUCAGAUUAGCCUGGCUGACUUGCCAUUUUCCAAUGAGAUUUUCACACUGUGGUAUAAUUUGCUUCCUUCCAAGCAAAUGCCUUGUAAAAAGAAUGAAGAAGAAAACGAAGACUCUGUAUUCCAAUCAAACCAGCCGGUGGUAGAUUCCAUAGACUUGGAUGCAGUGUCAGCCUUACUUGCAAGAACAUCAGCCGAGCUAUUGGCUGUGGAACAAGAAUUAGCACAAGAAGAAGAGGAGGAAACAGGGCCAGCAGAAGAGCAACAGGAUCUAGAAGGAGAUUGGUUAACAAUGCUAAGAGAGGCCUCUGACAAAAUUGUGGCUGAAAAAGAGACUGCAGUUAAACUGGUAAAAGGCACUAGUUGUACAGAAGACUUAAGUUCAAGCACCAAUGUGCUGCAGAUGAGUGAAGAUAGCUGUCAGAAGGAAAAGGAGUGUGCCAAAGACUGUAGAAGUCAGCCACCGACUGGAAUUCCCACCCUGGUUGAUAAAGAGACAAAUACUGAUGAAGCAGUUCAUGACAGCGUGGCAGUUCGUCCCAAAGAGCGGAGCAGCCUGAGCUCUCGACAGCAUCCCUUCGUAAGGAGCAGCGUGAUCGUGCGCUCGCAAACCUUUUCCCCGGGUGAACGGAGCCAGUACGUCUGCAGGUUAAAUCGGAGUGACAGUGACAGUUCCACAUUGGCUAAAAAAUCACUGUUUGUGAGAAACUCCACUGAGCGGCGUAGCCUGCGUGUCAAAAGGACGGUUUGCCAGCCAGUCCUCAGAAGGACAGCCCAGGAAUGUCCUGUGCGCACAUCUCUUGACCUAGAACUGGACCUUCAGGCCUCUCUCACCCGCCAGAGUCGCCUCAACGACGAGCUGCAGGCCCUGAGGGACUUGCGGCAAAAGCUGGAGGAGCUGAAAGCUCAGGGAGAGACGGACCUUCCCCCCGGUGUGCUGGAGGACGAGCGAUUCCAGAAGCUCCUGAAACAAGCCGAGAAGCAGGCUGAACAGUCAAAAGAAGAGCAGAAGCAAGACUUGAAUGCAGAGAAGUUGAUGCGGCAGGUCUCCAAGGACGUGUGUCGGCUCCGGGAGCAGAGCCGGAAGGUGCCUCGGCAGGUGCAGUCCUUCAGGGAGAAGAUCGCCUACUUCACCCGGGCGAAGAUCAGCAUCCCGUCCCUGCCAGCCGACGACGUGUGAGGCCGCGUGCCCCCGCGUGGCUCCUCGCCCGCUCCCUGCCCUCAGGAGGGCAGACACACGGAACGCCGCAUUUGAUUUUGUUUGAGAUCUCGUCUUUCCUUUUUUUGUAACGUAACUGUCAACUCUUGAAGAGCUUGCGUUUCACACCAGAUUUUCAGCAUGUUCAUUUGUAAAGUACUUUGAAUGUAACUCUUACAUGUUUAAGGAGAAAAAAAAAAUCAGCUAGCAAAAGUGGGAGGAUCUGGUGCAGAUGUAGAGAAAGAGUGUGGCAGGGCCGUGCGUGCGAGCGCAGCCGCAUCGUACACCCAGCGGGCCUCAGAGACACGGCCCGCCAGAGCUUCUCCCCUUCCUCCUCCUCCUCCACUGCUAGGAAUAGACUGAAGCCGCCAGCAGCCGUGUGUGAUGGCCCACUGGGGUGCACUAGAGCACGAGCCAGGCUCCCCAGUCCACCCAAAAGGGGCCCCCGUUUACAGCCAUCCCGUGUUACAUUUGCUUUCAUUUUUGUCUUAGUAUCAUUGUCCCCCCCCCCAAAAAAAAAAACUCAAAAUAUGAAAUACUGAGUGCAGAAGAAAAGGAAACUUUGUUUCCUGUGUCCCUGUCUACACCAGAGGUCUUGUGGAUUAUGACACUGGGAGGGAGGCAGACAGGAGAGCACGUGGGGCCCAAAACCCAUCCAGUGAACAGCUACUGCCCACAGCCCAGCCCACAUGCGAGUUCGCAGUGUUCCUCUGCCAGUCUCCAGCUGGCACCGCAGCUCUGUCCUCGGGUGAGUGGUGCUGAGGACAAGUACACAGUGGACAGACAGAGUUGGGGGUGCGCUGAGGGCUCCCACAGUUACUGGAGGAAGCCAAGAAUAGAAGAAGAGGUGUGUCUGGAUUGGAUCAAAGUUGCCAAACAUAAAAAACAAGACUUAUCAAACUUUCUGACAUGUAUUCGGCAUUACUUUGCAGCUCUCGUGUUUAGGGAACUCUCUCUAUCAUGGAAGGCAAGUUGUUGGGGGGAAAAGGAAAGAAUGUACCUGUGAGAAUUACUAAUUGGGAGUGCAGGUUAAAUCAUUUGUUUAAAAUUAUCUAGCCUGGACACAGUGGCUCACACUUGUAAUCCUGACUAC